AUGUACAAGCUUCUUCUAGCAGCUGCUGUCCUGCAGGUUCUGCUGGCAGUCACUGAGUGUGCGGCACACAAACUGACCAAGAGACGGACCGUCACAGACACUGGAAGCUACGUUGAAAUCUGCAUUCAAGCCCCUAUAGACCUCGGCAUCGUCCUGGACGCAUCCAGCUCCAUCAGCAGAAAGGACUUCUCCACGGCCAUCACAUUCCUACAGGAGUUCCUCGACCACUUCGACAUCGGCACUGGGAACGAGGGCGUUCGAGUCUCCAUUAUCACGUAUGGAAAGGGAAUUUAUCCACAGGAUGGGUUCAACUUGACCACCUACAACACGAAAGAGGACGUCAUCGAGGCCGUGGGUCGAAUCCCUCACCGGGCUGGCCUCUACACGGACACCGGCAAGGCUAUCAACUACAUGCACAAAGUCCAGCUGGCUGAGGAUGUGGUUCGGCCAUGGGCGGAGAAGAUUAGUGUCGUUAUCACAGACGGCAAUUCUCAAGAAUGGAGACUCACCGAAAAGGCCGCAAAGGAAGCCAGAGAAGACGGGAUCGUUAUCUUUGCCGUGGGUGUGGGUCCUGGGGUCCGAGACGAAGAACUGUUGAGAAUCGCAGGUGAUGCCUCCAGGGUGACCAAAGUGGACAGAUAUGACCAGCUGGACUCAAUCAAGGAGACUCUGGCCAAGAAGACUUGCAUCGUCAAGCCCAAGCCUACCACGACUCCACCGCCCAAGAUACAGAAAUGCGGCGAAUUGAACCCAAGCGAUAUUUACUUUGCCUUCAGUCCUCUAAACCUGGGCGUAGAAGCCACCGCCUGGACCACCUCGUUUAUUGGACACAUCAUCAGUGAUGGAGAGCUGGAUGUGGGCUUUAGGUAUGGCGUAGUUUCCGGUUCCUGUCCAGAUGACGAAGGAUUUGACCUUGACACUUACAGCACGGUGGAGGAAUACAGGCUAAGACUGUCCCAGUAUGAUCGCAACCCACUGCCUCAGCUGAUCGAGCGCCUGCUGGGUGACUCAUACAGUGUGGAGAGAGGUGGCCGGGUGGAAGCCAGGAAAGUGGCCGUGAUCGUGGCCGGUGGAGACGGCAAGGAGGCAGAAGAUCUAAGUCGUUAUGUGGAACAGCUGGUUGCCAAUGGAGUCCAG